ACGCCCUCCGCUGGGAAACUCAGCUCAGCAGCAAGCAACGGUCGAUGCGAGAAAGCCGUUUCAACCCACACAACAGCUCUGGAAACACUGAGAAGGUCAUACGCAUCUCCUGCAUAACGACUGCAGACAUUCUCCACUACAUGAGGAAGAGCUUAACUUUUUCCUCCAGAUCCGGGUCUUUGCCCUAAUUUUUGAGUGGAGGAUUUGACACGUAAGACUUUGCCAAUAUAGUUUGAUCAAAUCUGCGGAGAGUCAGAAGUGCGUGAGCUCAGGUGUGAAAUUCUGCGGAUAUUUCACAUCCAAUGGUGCCAGUUACAGCGGAUCUCAGGGAGCAGUAACUGUUAACGUUAGCCUAAUAGCGACUUCAUCACUUCUUCAACAAGAGCAAUGAUGUCCAGAAUCAAGUAAAAUUAUGUCUCUGUUUAUCAUGCUUACACUUCUGGUGAAUUUCGUUAUCAUUUCCAGAGGCUUUGCUGCUUUGAUUCCCAGUGAUGGCAAGGCUGGGGUUUAUGAAGACCUGAAGUGGACGGCUCUGCUAUGUUGUCAGAUGCCCUUAGAUCAGAGAGUGGGCAGUGAACUAUCUGUCACCAGCGGUCUUUUGGAACAUUCAUCCACAGAACGGUGCCAACUGCUAAAUGCUUCAAGACCUGAACCCUCCAGUAAAUUACUCACCCUUUCUGGAAACUGUUUGGACAUCUUGUGCAUGUUUGAAGGUGAAUGGUCAAAUCUGAUUUGCAGUGCAAAGAGCCAUAAAGCAGCAGUCCCAGCCGUUAACCCACAACAAUUAGUUUUGGAGAUGGGUGUACUUUCAAAUGCAACAAACCAUACUACUCAGUGUGCUGGGGAAGAUACCGCCACAUGCUCUAUUCCUCUUCAUGGAAAUGAUGCAACUGUUUCGCUGUCCAUCGGUUUAUCUGUGAAUGGCACUACUGCGCUCUCACCAAAAUUGCUGAUCAACACACAUCAUCUACGUACACCAGACCCGCCAGUCAAUCUACAUUACAAUGUAACUACUGAGGGUGAGGUGAUAUUUCGAUGGAGCGGUACGCAACCUUACAGUGAUACAAUCCGCUAUGAGGUCCGAUACUCAUCUAACUCUUCAAUUCAUCAGUGGGAGAUGGUGAAGGUCAGAGGUCACUCGUGGGUGGCUCUGAAUGAACUAAGUUCUGGGAUCAGAUACAUGGUUCAAGUGCGAUGCCAAAACGACUUAAACUACUGGAGUGAAUGGAGUCAACCUUUCUAUUUCACCCUUGAUGUGAGUUACAUCCCUGCUGAGGUCUUCACAACACCUGGCUCGAAUGUAACUGUUUACGCCGUUUUCCACAAUCGCAGCUGGAGUGCCAGCAAAGCUGUGUGGAUGCUGAACGGGCAGGUGAAGAUUCCGGAAAGCCAGUACAUGGUCAUCAACGAGCGUGUUAGCGCGGUCACGCUGCAGGCAACCAGCCCAGGGUUCGACUCUUUGAUGUGUUGCCACCCGUGGGGAGAGAGGUUCAAGUGCACCAUUGCCUAUGCCAAAAUGUACACGGAAGGGAGGUUUAAUGCAGAUAUUUCCUGCCAGAGCAAGAAUUCAAGGGUUGACACAAUGACCUGUGAGUGGAAUAAGAGUGCCUGGGCAGAGGUCAGGUUCCUUUACAGACAAUAUAAUUCGAUGUGCGAAGAUGUAUUAAAGAUGGAGAGCAUUGAAGAUGGUGAAGAAUCCCUGUCUUCGGUUAAGGAAUGUCCUUAUGGAGCAGGGGACCACAGGGAGUGCACUUUAAGCGACCUGAGCUUGUUCUCUUGCUACAAAAUCUGGCUAGAGGUGGAAGGGGGGCGUGGCAAAGUGAGGUCAUUUCCUGUAUAUGUUGCACCUAUUGACUACGUUAAACCAUCUCCUCCCUCAGAUUUGGAAGCAAUCACUUUGCCCAAUAAGACACUAAAUGUAAGGUGGAGACGGCCUCUUUUACCUGUAUAUGAUAUGCAGUAUGAGCUGCGCUUUAUAGCUCUCCGUGGGAUGGCUAAUAUGCAAUGGGAGGUUAUCGGUCCUUUCUUGGAACCUCAGGCAGAAAUUCUACUUGAGAAAUCGUGUGUUCAGUUUAAAGUAGAGGUUCGCUGUAAAAGACUAAAUGGAUCCGGUUUCUGGAGUGACUGGAGCAAGAGUCAGCCUUCGGUUGUUUACAAUAGAAAAGCACCAGAAAUGGGACCAGACUUCUGGCGAAUCAUUCAAGAGGACCCUGUGAGGAAUGUGACAAACGUCACGCUGAUCUUCAAGUCGGCCCGGGCAGGAGAUCCAAACAGUUGUGUGGAGGGAAUGGUGAUCGUACACCAGGUUGCGGGAGGAGCCGCAUGGUCAAACGAAACAUCUAUAGUCCCAUUCCACUCGUUCCAGUGGAGGCGGGAAACUCACACGGUUACCGUCAUGUCUCGCAACUCUUUGGGCGUCUCUACAUGGAAUAGCAACAUCACGCUAUCACGUCGACCCAAACGACGUUCUGUACGGUCGUUCAGCGCAGGGGCUAAUGCUAGCUGCGUGUAUCUCUCAUGGACGCUGUUAUCUGAUCAACCCCGGCCUCAGUCUUUUGUCAUCCAAUGGCUAGACCUGAACAAAGACCCUGAACAGAACCGGUCACUAACUGAGAGAAUGCAGUGGGUCAGAGUUCAGUCCGCCGCAAGAGAUCUCUCUCUUUGCCAACGGUUCUAUGGCUCGGAGGAGUUCACCUUGUAUCCAGUUUUUGUGGAGGGUGAAGGGGAAUCGGUACGAUGCACAGCUACAAGGGGAGACCCUGCAGCCUACAUGCUCCUAAUGAUCAUUGCCUUCCUGUCUAUAGUCCUGUUCAUCACACUUAUGAUGUCUCAAAACCAAAUGAAAAAACUAAUGUGGAAGGACAUACCAAACCCAAACAACUGCUCUUGGGCCAAAGGAAUGGAUUUUAGGCAGAUUGACACCAUGGAAAACUUGUUCCCUCACCCAGAAGGUCUCACUGCUUGUCCUCUGCUGCUGGUCUCUGAGAGUAUCUGUGAAGUGGAGAUCAUUGAGAAACCUCAUCCUCUUUUACUAAGAUGUGAAAAAGACAAUGACAAUCUCCUUUACAACUCUGUAGACAUCAAAAGGACAACCACCGACUCUUCAGAACCCUUAUCUCUGGAGGCCUCCACUGCCGCCGCUACGCCAGAAACAUCAGGCCAGUCCUCGGUAAUAUACUCCAACGUUCUCAUCUCCGAUCAGCCUGGUCUUCUUCGAAAACAGCAGGAGAGUCUGAGCAGCUCCAGCGAUGAGGGCAACUUCUCUGCCAACAACUCGGAUAUUUCCGGUUCCUUCCCUGGAGGACUCUGGGACCUAGAGAACCAAGUUUGCUCUGACGGCACCAAUCGCCAUUCCAGUUCCUACAAUUCUGUAGAAGAGCUCUCAGAAACCUCAGAACAAGAGUAUGAAGCUUCAGGUGUAGCCAAAAACCUUUACUACCUUGAAGUGAACGGAAAUGAGGUGGAGGAAGAAGAGAUGAUGGAUGACAAAUCGGAGAGCGAAGAAGCACAGGAUAAGAAUGCAGAAUUCCAGCUUUGCAAAGCAGAUACUAAGCUUCUUUUGGAAGACAGUAAUCACAGCAUUCCUCUUUAUCUGCCUCAGUUUCGAACUGAACACAUCAAUCCACCGUGAAAUAACGAAGUGAACAGUGCCCCCUAGUGGUAACUUGGGAUCAUGUUUUUUCUGGAGGUAAAUUAUGAAAAUGCCUCGUUAUUAACAACCACAACCCUGAUCUGACAUUUUUAUUCAUUCUGAGCACAACCAGACCAUUAAAUUCAUGUUUUGCUCACUGCCAAUCCAGUGUUACAAACCGUGUUUCAAAGGACUUGAUCUGCUUGACUCGCCCCUAAUUUUUAAUGCCUUUGAAGGGUCGAGUUGUUAAGGGAAUCUAAGCACUCUGAAUGUCUCACCGAUAGGUUGAUGAUCAGCCUGUCAUUGCUGGAACUCGCUGCUUUGCGACUUUAUCGCAAGGAAUCUUUUAUACACGUUUGAAGGUUGAAGUGAAAUCCUGAAAAGACCACAUUUACAGGAAGUAAGUGCUUUAAUACAAAAGUUCAAAGUAAGAAGGACUUUAUUUUCUCUAACAGUGUGGCAUCGUGUACACUGGUCACAGCUUUAGUGGCUGUUGUGCGUUUUAGUUGCUUCAUAAAGUGCCGUAUAAAGUUCAGUGUUUCAUACGUGAAGGGGCUUCAUUCAUCCUUAUUGCAGCUUUGUGAAGGUCUGGCUCUUAAUGCCCGCUUUUACGUACAGUACAUUGAGCUUAAUCAUUCAAUAUGAAUGUAUAUUUUCUCAGUGAGGUCAAUGUUCUUAAAAAAAACUCAAAUAUUUUGAGUAUAAAAUGUCACUUAUUUUCAGUGUCUGAUUUUUUCUUAUGAAAUAAGGGUUGAAUGUAACUGUCAGUGAAUGUGGUUAUAUACGUAUCAGGAAGAAUGUAUACGUGUAUUUUUGUCUAUUUUUCUGGUCAGAAUAAACUAUUUAUUGCAA